UUUUGUACCUCUAAAACUGAGAGAGAUGGCAUAAUACACACCACAAUUUUGAUCGGAUCAAUCGGAUCCUAUUAGUGGGGAUUUUUUCAAAGGUUAACGUAAUUCACUUCGCGAUCGAAUUUUGGGAAUUUAAAAUUAAUCUUUACAAUGUCCAGAUUUACGAAUGUGGAUUUGGGGCCUCCUAUCGAAGUUUUCGCCUUGACCAGGGCGUUUACGGAGGACUCAUUCGCACAGAAAGUCAACUUGGGGGUUGGAGCAUACCGGACUGAUCAAGGAAAGCCAUGGGUAUUGCCGGUAGUUCGUGAUGUAGAGAAGAUAUUGGCUGCCGAUGAAACUCGAAACAAGGAAUACCUGCCCGUACUCGGAAUGGAAUUGUUCUCCAAUGCGGCCACUUCAAUGCUGUUAGGCCACGACAGUCCUGCAGUAUUGGAGAAAAGGGCUUUCGGUGUACAAUGUUUAUCAGGAACUGGUGCACUUCGUGUUGGUGCAGAAUUCUUGGCAAGACAACUUGGACACGAAAUAUUCUACUAUUCCUCACCAUCAUGGGAAAAUCACAAUUUGGUAUUUACUAAUGCCGGAUUUAAAGAAGCGCGACAAUAUCGUUAUUGGUGUGGUAAAACUCGUGGAUUGGACAUUGAGGGCUUCCUACAGGAUCUUAGAGAUGCACCCCAGAACUCUGUCAUCAUUCUUCAUGCGUGUGCCCAUAAUCCUACAGGGUGUGAUCCAACCCAAGACCAAUGGAAGCAAAUUGCCGAUGUCAUAGAGGAGAAGCACUUGUUUCCAUUUUUCGAUUCAGCAUAUCAAGGUUUCGCAUCUGGUGAUUUAGAAAAAGAUUCUUGGGCAGUUCGUUAUUUCAUUUCUAGAGGAUUUGAAUUAUUCUGUGCCCAGUCUUUUGCGAAAAAUUUCGGUCUUUACAAUGAACGAGUUGGCAACCUUACAGUUGUACUAAACGAUCUAUCUUGUCAGGUGGCUGUGAAGUCUCAAUUCACCCUACUUGUUCGUGGAAUGUACUCAAAUCCACCACUUCAUGGUGCCAGCAUAGUUGCAUAUGUUUUAAACGAUCCCAAGUUGUUUGAGCAAUGGAAAGAUCAUAUUUGUACAAUGUCUUCUCGUAUUAUAGACAUGAGAAAGGCUCUAAGAACUGCUUUAGAAAAAAUUAACACACCCGGAGAUUGGAGUCACAUUACAACACAAAUUGGAAUGUUUUCUUAUACAGGAUUAAAUGAACAACAAUCGAACCACAUGGUAAAAAAGCAUCACAUUUACAUGCUCAAGUCUGGCCGUAUCAGUAUGUGCGGAGUUACGCCUAGCAAUGUGGAAUAUGUUGCACAGGCCAUCAAUGAAACCUUAACAAAUGUAGCUUAAGGGUGUAUAUUAUGCAUUUAAAAUUCCUUAGUUUUGUGAUAUAAUGUAGAUGCAUUAUUUCUCCCAACUAAAUGCUGCAAUUUUUGAAUCUCUUUUGGUACUACCUUUAUAUAAAAUAUUUCGUAUUUACGAUAAUUAAAAUUGAUCCGAAAACUUGUGUGGAAAAUUGGAAAUGCAGCUGAAAUUAGGUAUUGAAAAGUACAGUAUUGUGUUCUGAAAUAUGCCUUUGUAGUGUAUUAAUAAAAGUUAGCAGUUAAA